GGAUAGGAACGCAUGUCUUAUACAUUUUUCUAUUUUGUGUAUCAUUUUUUGUUUGUAAUACGACAAAAAAAAUAUUUUUUUGUUUGGGUUAUCAUUUCUAAAAGAAUUAAGUUUUCUUAUGUAAUAUGUAAUAUUAUUAGCUCCUUUUUUUUAAAAAAAAAAAUUUUUAAAGUAUUUUGAAAGAUUUUUUUUCGCUAUAAAAUAAUUUUU